UUCCCAUCCGGACGCUACAAUAAGUAGAUGUUUUCAUUUACUUCUUUCUCAUUUGUCCUUGCCAAGAGGAAAAGAUAAGUAAAAACUGGCUCAUCUUACUUUACUAUUUUAGUGCAUAUUUUAUUGGCAUAAACCAAAGGUUUCAGUUACAGGAAUGCAACCUUUUCUUUAUCCCCAUCAACACAGGAUCAGGAUACAGGAUAUCAUAAGGAUAGGAUAUCAUAAAUUCAGUUUCGUUUAUCAGGAAACGCACCCCUUCUCUUCUGCGUCACUUCUCGGAUGGGUAUAAAAAAGUGAAAUAAAACGACUCACACACUUGUGCACCACAAAGAACUGAAGAUGAAACUUCUCCUCCAGGUCAUCCUCACUUGUGCAGCCUUCUCUAAAGGUUAUCCACUUAAUUGCUACGAAUGUAUACCUGGCUCAAAUGGAAAAUGCACAGAGACCACCAAAACUUGUCCGUCUGAUGAAACCAAAUGUGGAAGUAUGACUACGACUGUGUAUAUAGGAAAUUCUGUGUUGACUGAAGCAUCAGCAAAGUCCUGUGCAAAACCUCAAGAAUGUACCUCUGGUUCCAUCAAUUUUGGAGUCACCAGGACAGCAGUGAACACUGAGUGCUGUAACACUGGCCUUUGCAACUCUCAAAACAUCCCUGCAUGGUCAAAAAAUGCCCCAAAUGGAAAGCGGUGCUUCACCUGUAAUGGCAAUGACUGCACAUCAAUUCUUAACUGUGUUGGAGAUGAAAAUAGUUGCCUCAAGACCACUGUUUCUGCACAGGGUGGGGUGGUGACCAUGAAAGGCUGUGUGUCCUCAAAUAUUUGUGCUGCUGCCGGUGACUUGUCAGCACAACUUGGCCUAGGCGUUGGUGUCAGCAUGAACUGCUGUGAAGGAAACCUGUGCAAUGAUGCUCGGCGCACCAUGCAGAGCAUCCUCCUCCUGCUAGUGCCUCUGGUCUCUACUGUCCUCAUCCAGUGACAGUGUUUCCACUGAAAUCUGGUCACUGGUAUUUUUCCAUACACAUAACGCAUACAAAUCUCCUAUGUUCAACACUGUUACAAAGUACAGGUCAUGUCAUUGCAAAACAGCUUUGAAUUUCUAUAUAUUCUUAUAUUUUAUUUGGUCUAUAUGGGAAAAUUCUACUUUUUUUGUAGCUGUCACAA